AGCGCGAGAUCGAGAGACUCCCGCACGUCGUCCAUCGUCAAUUCGCCAUGGCACGGCACGCUCCGCUGCUCUUCACCAUCGCGGCCGUGCUCGCCGUGGCCGCGGCGUCGGCGUCGGCCUACGUGCGCGCCGCGGAGAACGAGCUGAUGAUCAUCGGCGGCGACGACGACGUGUUCGGGCUGGGCGGCGUGAUCGGCGGCAGGCGGCGGCUGGACGACCUCAACGGGACGAGCCCCGACGCGAACGCCACGAGCGCCGACGCCAACUCCACGAGCGCCGACGGCGCCGCAGCGAAGGAGCACAUCAGCUACCUCGCGCUGUCCAGGGACAGCGUCCCGUGCUCGCAGCGCGGCGCGUCCUACUACAACUGCCAACCCGGCGCGGAGGCCAACCCCUACAGCCGCGGCUGCUCAGCAUUGGCGCAGUGCCGCGGCUGAGGUAGGCGCAGCGCAGGGCCUGUUCCAGGGCUUGCUGUCUCCGCUCCGCCAUUCGCGCCGUUCUUUUUCUUUGCUUAUUAAUUUGUUGGUGCUUCUCUUGGGUGCGAGCAGCUGAAAAAGAAUUGAGUUGAUGUUUACCAUUUCUCCGUGUAAAUUGUUGCUAUUUUUGUGCUAUGGGUGACGUUGUGUGUUUGUGUGAUGUAUGGCCAUAUAACCAUAUACAGUAUAUAAGUCGAUUGAUUCUUACAGCAUUCAAAU